AUGUCGUACGCAUACCUUUUCAAGUAUAUUAUCAUUGGGGAUACAGGUAAUUAUUCAGUGCCUUCCUUCGGUGAAUCUCGACUAGUUUCUACAUUCUAUAUUACGUCGACCGUGACAGGACCUAUUGUUUUCGUUUCUUUCGACAAUAAUAUUUUUGAUUCGUAGACCUUACAACAGUUUUAGGAGCCGCAAUGCGCGUAUUUUACGAUGGCGUUUGAUAUUACAAAUUGAAAAUUUCUUUUAAUAUGGCAUCCGUACGCAGCUUCUUUUGUGUAAUAAUCUCGCCAAUUUCGAAAGUGUCGUAUUCAUUUAUUUACCUUACGAACAGAUUUCACAUUGAGUUUUUUUGCAUUCUGUACACGGUAUAUUUAGCAACUAUUAAAUAUUAAUAAUUGUGAACUUGUUACAAAUAUAUAUUUUUACAGCAUUGUUUGAUUUGUUUAUUUUGAUAUUGUUUAUUAUAUCAACAUAAUGUAUUCUUAAACAUUUUGCUUUAUUAAUAUAAAUAAUAUGAAUAAAUAAAUGCCUUUUAAUAUUAUAUAUAAUUUGAUUACGCGUUUCUUUUUAUAUAAUGUAUAUAUAUAAAACGUGUAAUCGUUACUCGUUAAUUUCUCUAAUUUUAUGAAAAUAUUUCUAAUCUAAUGUAAUAAUUGUUUAUCCUAAGAACAUGUUUCUAUUAAAUAGGGGUUGGAAAAUCUUGUCUACUUCUCCAGUUUACUGAUAAGAGAUUCCAACCUGUUCAUGAUCUAACAAUAGGCGUUGAGUUUGGAGCCCGUAUGAUUACAAUUGAUGGAAAACCAAUCAAACUCCAAAUUUGGGAUACUGCAGGUCAAGAGGCGUUUCGUUCCAUUACAAGAUCAUAUUAUCGGGGAGCGGCUGGAGCUUUAUUAGUAUAUGAUAUUACACGUAGAGAAACGUUUAAUCAUUUGACCACUUGGUUGGAAGAUGCAAGACAACAUUCAAAUUCCAAUAUGGUGAUCAUGUUAAUUGGUAAUAAGAGUGAUCUGGAUAAUAGAAGAGAAGUAAGGAGAGAGGAAGGUGAAGCUUUUGCAAGAGAACAUGGACUUGUUUUUAUGGAAACCAGUGCAAAGACAGCGAUCAAUGUAGAGGAUGCAUUUAUCAAUACAGCAAAAGUAAUUUAUGAAAAAAUUCAGGAAGGUGUAUUUGACAUAAAUAAUGAGGUAAAAUUCAAGUCAUUAAUAUGAUAUUAUAUUUUUGAUAUUAUUAUACAUCUCAACAAAUUUUAAAUGUAUCUAGGCAAAUGGUAUAAAAAUUGGGCCACAACAUUCACCAACAAGUCCUAGUGGAUUAACAGGUACUGGUGGUCAAGGAAACACGCAAGGUGGUGGGUGCUGCUAGGGGCUGGGGGUCGCUUGUCCACUGCUUAAUCCCUCUCCAAUUUAAAUUGAUCUUUUUACUUCUACUCCUUAUUUUAUUCUCAACCAAUUACUUUGUAUAUUUUUUUGCGCGUGUCGCAUUACAAGGUAACAAGUGAUUAUUGGUUUAUUACUUUAAAAAAGGACAACAUAUACAUACAUACUGAAUAGGAAUAUUAUAAAGGAAAAUAUUAUAUAUUACUUAAAUCAUAAAACCUAAUAAAGUUUUUAAUUUGCAGAUUCUGGCUGUAAAUUUAUGUAAAUGUAUGUAAAUUUAUUUUAUUAGUUUCAAACAUGUUUUGUGUGUCCUUUGUAGCAAUAUAGUGAUAGUUCUUAAAUUACAUCCUUAAAAUAAUAGAUGCUUUUAGUAUAUACAGAGAAUUUUAUUUUUAAUGUGCUAGAAAGGAAUAAAUAUUAUUUUAUUAAUACAGUGCUACAUUAGAUUUUUAUUAAUUUGCAUUUGAAGUUAACUUAAUUUUAAUGUCAAAAAAUCAAGAAAAAAUUAUUAAUUACAUAUUGGAUAUUGAUAAAGCGGGAGAGGAUAGGCACUUCUUAAUGUUUUGUAUUCGUUCACAUUGUAUAUUGUAUGUAUCAUGCACUGAUCUUUGAAAUCUGAUUUAAUUUAAUGAAUCAUGAUUGAUAUAUAUAUACAAAUCAAAAUGAUUUGUCAAACAUAUGAUUUACACUUGACUACCUAAGGCGACACCAUGUAUAUGUAUGUAUCAAUGUAUGAAAUGACGAAUAUAAAAACGUAUAAAUCAAUUUCAUUGUGAGGCCUAUCUAACCAAAAAUCUUAUUACUUUAUUAAUUACGAUUGGUAUUGUUAUUUUUGGUGUGUCUUGCAAAAUAUAGUAUUCUAAUUACAACAUUAAACUAAGACAAUUUUAUAAUUUUUAUAUUUAAGUAAAUACAAUCGAUAAAUUUAAACAUUUAACGAAAAUAAAUUCUCUACUUAUAACCACUAGUAGUAAUGCCAAUCAAGGAAAUAGAGAAAUAUUAAUGCUAUCUAUAUUUUGUUUAUUUAAAUGUAAAAAUAAAUAUUUAAACACAUUUUUGUUUUGAUUAUAAGUUUAAUAUUUUUAAAUAGAAAAAGUUAAUACAAGUAAUCUAUAUUUAUUUGUAAAGGGAUUUAUAUUUAUUUAUAUUAUUUAUAAAAAAGAAGAAAUUUAUUAUAAAUUUUUAUAAAUUGCAAUAUGCAAUAACUUCCUUUCAAAACAUGCUAUGAUGUUUUAAAAAUAUACUAAAGAUAGAUGUAUAUGUAAUCUGAUGUCAAAUGGAUGUAAAAAUCGAAACUCGUCGCAACGUGUAUUCAAUUUUUACACCUAUUUAAAAUAAUAUUUAUUGUACUAUUGUAUCCUUAAAAUUAAAAUAUGUAUGUCAACUUGAAGAAACACUAUUAUUCUUUAUUAAUUACUAUUAUUAAAUGUUGUAAACGCAUGAUACAUUGUCUGUCUAUAAUAAAUUGGACUUAUUUUUUUGAUUGAAAUGUACACAAGCAUAUCAUAUAUAUUUCAUUUCAAUACGUAUUCGACGAUUUAAUUCGUAUUGGUCACAGUGUUAGAAUAGAUACGAAUUGAAUCUGUUGUAAUAUCAAUAUUCAUUUUAGAUAUUAGAUCUGGCGAACCUAUUGUCAAAGGUGGAUUAGUUUGUUAAUAUAAGAUAAUUAAGAUUAUUUCAAUCUUAUCUAUUAAAUGACGACUAUUAGAAUUAGAGUUACUUUAAAAUCUUUUUUUACUUGUUACAUUGACUAGAAAAAAAUUGAUAAAAUAAAUAUAACUAAUAAUAACAAUAAUGUCAAUCGAAUGAUUAAUGUACACUGGUUAUUUUUAAAACCAUUUAUUGUAUUCAAUGAUAAAAAUAAACUUGGGAAAAAGUACGCAAAUGAUUGUAUUAAAUAUUAUGUUUUUUGUCUAGGGAUUUUAAUGUUUUUCAAAAUAAAUUUGAAGGGCGUAUUAUGUAUCUGUAUGUAUUUUAAAAGGAGUUGAAACAGGGAAGAUUAGAAGCGUCGUACCGGAAGGAGAUAAACAAUGUAGGAAUAAUAAAGUGA